GCAGCCGGAUUACACGGCAGGCAGAGGCAGGCGCCGAGCAGUUCGGGUACCGGAGCCGAGGAGGCGGCUGCGUUCCCGUCUUGCAACCCAAGCAGCCCGUUUUCGCUUUUGCAAUCCGAGUAUUUUGUUGUUUGCAUCGCCCUGCGUGGAUUUUUAAACUGCAAACUAAGAAUGGCUUCAGAGGUGGAAUCGUUCCCUGAUGCACCAGCCGAGGAGGAAGGAGAGGAGAAGAAGUCUGUGGUCAAGAAGUCGGGCUCCAAGAAGAAGAAGAAGAACCAGCAAGGGAAAUACAGCGCGCUGCUGGUGGAGAUCGUGCAGAGGCUGGGCGCCCGCAACGGCUCCUCGCUCGCCAUGAUCUGCAAGGAGGCGAGGAAGGUGCCCUGGUUCGAUGACCAGCACGGCCGCAUCUACCUGCGCUACGCCCUGCGGGCUCUGCUCUUCAACGGCACCCUGAACCAGGUGAAAGGCAAAGGGGCCAACGGGUCCUUCAAGCUCACGAAGAAAGGCGAAUGCAGACAGGCGGCCAAGAAGAAAUGGGCGGCCUCGGCCAGCGCCGCCAAGUCCGGCAAGAAGAGUAGGAAGCCCCCAAAGAGCAAGAGCCACUCGGGGUCCAGCAAAAGUAAGAAGGGCAAAUCGCCCAAGAAAUCCAAAUCCAGGAAGGCUUAAAAAGACCCCCCCCCCCCACCCAACCCACUAUUUGCGGUCUUUAAACAAAUGCAUCUGACCUUUUUUUUGUUUAUAUUUUUGUCGUGCAGACCUGUUGGUUGGUUUUCAUUUGUAAUGUCCACUCACCGAUGGACGUCCCGGUUCGACCGUGAACGCGGGAAAUUUUGAUUUUUCUUUGCAAUGUUAAUCGACAUUCCGUUCCAGGAUCCUGGCUCGUCGCUUUGCAAUUUUUUUUCAUGUCGUUCUUUUACACGUACACAGUGUUUAAUUUUGUAAUAAUCGUGAGAGCCAGUCUUUUCUGCAGGAAAAAUAACGGUAUGCUGGGUGUGACGGAUUGUUUUAUUAAAAUGCAGCCAACUGACUUGUCCUUCGGGGAAAAAAUACUCGACAGAAAAGAUUAUUGCAUCUUUUGUGUUAUUCACUGACGGGCCAUUUUUUUUUUUGUUUUAAUUAAAAUUUUUGUAUUAAAAAUCA